GGCGCGCAGUCAACGAGUCCUUGUGCUUUCAUGAUUUAAAACAGCUGUUACCAGUGCUGCAGGACUCCCAUUUGCAUGGCUAAAGAGUAAAUGGGAGCGUUCUUAUUUUAAAGCGUUCCUAGGUUAAUUGGCCGACUAAGUCUUGGCUGGGCAGAAAGGGGUGCUUCUAAAAAGUAGGUAUUCGUUUCGCGUCGAGGCGCGGCGUCUGGGGGAGGUCAGUGAGCGCGGCGGCGGCCGCCUGCGCGGCGGGUUCUGUUCCUCAUACAGUACUGAAGCACAAACGGGCUCCAUCUGAACAGGGACCUGCGGGCUGCAUGCGUCUGCUGGAAAAGAGAAGGCACUAAGGGGCAAUAAAAUAACAGCGGGAGACUUUCUGAAUCUCAAGUCUGUUUACGGCUGCAAGCAUGCUUGUAGCCCUCGUGUUAACUCUUCUGCAGGUCCAGUGGGGAAGCUCUCAGCCCUGCUCAAAUGGUUUCUAUCUGGACCGCCGCAGUGGACAAUGUAUAGAUAUCGACGAGUGUCGGGUGAUGCGGGAUGCCUGCCGGGGGGACAUGAGGUGUGUCAACCAGAACGGGGGCUACAUGUGCAUUCCCCGCGAAACACUCAGCAGACCCAACUCCCCUCCCUACUCCGGACUGCCCUACCCAGAUUCCGCGGCGCCCUUCUCCAACCCCUUCGCGCCGCCCCCGGCUCCCGCGCAGCCUCCUAACUACCCCACCUCCGGGAGAGCUCCGAGCUGCCUGCUGGGUUACACGCUCGGGGAAGACGGCCAGUGUGUCGAUAUAGAUGAAUGCAGAUAUGGUUACUGCCAACAGCUGUGUGCCAAUGUACCAGGAUCGUACUCCUGCUCCUGCAACCCAGGCUUCAUCCUCAAUCCUGACAGCAGGACAUGCCAAGACAUAGACGAGUGUGACAGAGAGCAUCCCUGUGGGCACAACUGCUUCAACACGUACGGCUCCUUCCUGUGCAGCUGUGACCCAGGCUUCGAGCUGGCGGCCGACGGCACCACGUGCAACGAUCUGAAUGAGUGUGGUUUCUCGGAGUUUCUGUGUCAGCAUUCCUGUAAGAACACACCUGGAUCCUUCUACUGCGAGUGUCCACCAGGGUAUUUAAUAUAUGAGGACAACCGGAGCUGUGAAGAUAUCAAUGAAUGUGACACUGGUAACAACACCUGUACAACAGCACAAGUAUGUUUCAAUUUCCAGGGAGGAUAUAAGUGCCUGGACCCAAUUAAAUGCGAGGAGCCUUACAUUGAGCUUGGUGAAAACCAAUGCAUGUGCUCAGCGGACAACCCUGCCUGCAGGGACAAGCCCUUCACCAUCCUGUACAAGCACAUGGACAUCACAGCUGGGCGCAGCGUGCCGGCUGACAUCUUCCAGAUGCAGGCGACCUCACGCUACCCUGGGGCCUUCUACAUAUUCCAGAUCAAGUCCGGCAACGACGGGAGGGAGUUCUAUAUGAGGCAAACCAGCAACGUCAGUGCCACGCUGGUCCUGGCUCGACCCAUCAAGGGGCCCAAGGAGCUGGUGCUGGACUUGGAGAUGGUCACCGUCAACAACGUCAUCAACUUCCGAGGCAGCUCCAUCAUCCGCCUGACGAUAUUCGUCUCCGAGUAUUCUUACUGAGCCCCCCACCCCAACGGCCCCCCAGGCAGCUCGUCUUGGCUGUAUGACUCUCCGCACCGACGAUGUCGCCCCACACAGCAAUGCUUUACUGUGACCAGGUAGCAGACGUCCUGCGAGGGUACCAGCACACCUGGUCUUCCCUGUAUCCCGAAAUCCCACUUGCCUCUUCAGGGACACUGUGUGAAUGUGCUGCCUGAUAUGAUCCAUCAAAAAGUGAAAUAUUUAUGAAGCUCCCAUUAAACUACCAUUCAUGUGUGAAUUUUUUGUCUGUUCUUAGGCAUUAGGGGAAGGUUUUUUCCAUUUUGAAUCCGUUUUAGACAUCGUGAAAACUCGUGCCACUGGGUUGUCAGGAUUUUUCAUGGUUUAUUUUUCCCUCUCCCUGCUUUUGAUCAACCUGUGUCAAACCCUGUGGACUUCCAGGAAGUUCAUUACAGAAAUCCCUCGGUUUAAUGGUUGUUGCUUGACAAACUUUGGAUUUUACGGACAAAAUCUGCUAAAAUGGAAUUUUGUCUGUAAGAUCAGAAAAAUCCCAAUAACAGGGAAAGGCACAAAGGUAAAAUAAAUACUACAUAGGUUUAAAAUGCAGGAACAUCACUGGUGCCCUAUAGGGGUAGGUAGCUUGUGUUUCAUGUGCUUUACUGAAUUCUAUACAAUAUAUUUUACAAUAGAUGAAAUAAGAGCUUGUAUAUUUAUGUGAAAAAAAGGCAGGAACAAUUUUCUAACUGAUUAUGAUUUUAACUAUCAUAUAUAAUUAUUACAAAAUGACCCAAAAGAGGUAGAAGGUAUAUAUAUAUUUACUGUAUCUCAUUUAAUAAUGAGUGUUUGGCCCAAAAAAUGUCACUCUUGAUUAAAAGAUAGUUGACAUUAACGGAACCCUUUGCCUCUAUUAGUCAUUUAAACCCAGGGUUUACUGUACUGAAUUGCCUCGUUUUAUGCGUAACAUGGGAGCCUCCAUAUGUUGGAACUGGGCAUCUACUUUCUGAAACUCUUUUGAAUUUCACCAUUUACUGAGUCUUUGAUAUAAUCUAGCGCUCCGCUGUUUAAUUUCUCCAGAUCAGUGAAGAAGGUAACGCAUCUUCUGAAGUAAAGAGAAACCCUACAUUUGCAAAUGUACCUCUCACACAGUGUCUGACCUCGGCGUGUGUGAUCACAGCUGGCAAUAUCAGUCUUUUAAAAUGCGAUCCUAAAUUGAACUGGUGGUACAGUGAGCACAAGCGGCUGAGGGAGAGAGAAGCUACUGAAAGGAAAAGGACUGGCAGAGAAAAAUCGGUCUACAGAGCAGGACUGUGACUCAGCCGAGUGCAUCAGUAAUGUUACUGAGUAUUUGUCCAACGCUCACCAGGCAAUGCCAUAUUAAUCCCACUGUAAUAAGAAAUAUAAUAUACACAUUGAAUAAAGAUGCUUUUGUGCAGGGGUAGUGUAAAUAGUACCUUUGAAUUUACAGCACAGGCAAUUUUACUGAAAAAACUAUUAGCGCAUUUUUGACUUGAAGGUGUCAGAGAAGAGUGUGAGGGGAUGUGUUUAUAUGCUUCACAUUGGGUCAGAUUUUUUAUGUGACUUAGUCUACAGUCCUUUUGACAGCUUCUAACCCAAAUAACCGGUUGGUGUGUGAUUGGGUGGAAUAUACAAUCGAAGAAAAUGUUAAUCACAACAUUUAUGAAGGAUUGGUGUUACUUUCUGAUCCUGACGAGGAUAAAGGCAUCUCCUAUUAACAAAUCAAGAUCUAUUUUCUUUUAAAUUAAAGUUUUCACUUGUUAUUCUUUUCAAUGUCGUGUUUUUUUUUGUAAAGAGCACCAUCAAAUACUUAUAUCUGGGAAAAUAAAAAAGUAUACUUGAUUGUUUAAA